AUGGCUCCAGUAAUGGACCUCUUCGCUCGAGAUUCCAUUUGCGGAUAUGGCUACUAUUACGAUGGAUUUGGAUGUCGGCGCAGGAGCGGCUGGUACUUUUGGGGCAGAUGGGUGCUCGCCGGCAUCGCCAUUGUUCUGGCAUUGAUCCUCUUGGCCAGUUGCCUAUGCAUCACAAGACGAAAUCGCAGACGCGGUGUCCAGCCCUUGUACGGAACUGGUUGGCUCGGCGGCAGCACACGCCCCUCCGGCACCAACAAGCCCAACAACGGCCACGAGAUGAACAACUACCAGUCUGGGACGGGAUACAACCAGGACUACAACCAGCAACAGUCUCCCUACAACCAAGGAUACGGAUACACCAGCCCCCCGCCGUACGGUCAGCCGCCCAUGGGCAAUCAGACGACGGGCACGACGUUCAAUGCCAACGACGGAUACAUUACCGGCCAGCCGCAGUACGGUGUUCAGCCGCCCCAGUCCGCGUACCAGCCUGAUGCUCAUUAUCAGCCUCCUCCGGGACCUCCUCCGGGAAAGUAAACGACUGCUGAGGAGCC